UCGGUUUGCUCGGACAGUAGUGCGGAGCUCUGACUACGCGAGACUUUUAUAACCUCACAAAUGCGCGAGCCGUGUACUCUCGUGCGCGAUGACAGCCACGCUAGGUUCCGUUCGUGCUACAUUCAGGAGUCUUGGUAAAGAAAGGCACUAAAACAUGUCAAAGGGUCGAUGAUGCAGCCAGAUAGAAAGGUCAUAGCCAGUGAAAAUAGUAUGCAACGUAUAAAUGCUUGUCAGUAACCUGUAUACACUUAGUCUAAUCUAGAGUUUGGGGAUAGGCUGAAUUGUUUUGUUUUGCAAAGGUGAUGUUAUGUUUAAUAAACCUGUAUAACAUAUAGAAUAUGUGUGUGUAACGUAGUCAUCCCAGUCGUGGAAUAACGUUUGAAGAAUGAAUGUGAAUAUCUCGGAGGGGGUCACACAUUUAAUUAACACAAUAAUCUAAGUGCUACAUUUUUAGAACACGAGAAAUCCGAGUGGCCGCAAACGCGCCACCGCCUGGCAGUUGGUGUCUCUCCCUCCGCCCCCUCUGCUCGGCCUGAAAGCAAUUCACUCUGAUGACGUCACUCGCAGAGUUGUCAUGGCGUCUUUGGGACCGAAGCUGCUGCUGCAAUUUAGCUAAAAAAAAAAAAAAAAAAAUCUGUCGACAGUCCGUAAAACGAAAUGGAGAAAAAUGCAACCCUGCAUCGAGACACUGACGGGAGCGCUUUGUGUGCUACGAUCGCGGGUGAGAUGGGUGAUGUUACGGCUGUCGGCGGGGUGAAAGGAGCAGCCGAGAAAUGCAAGAAUAGUGAGGCUCCUCUCAGUACUUUGGUUAACGUUAGUUGUAAUAACCACACCACAAAUGUUAGUGCUCCUAGCGCCGUUAAUGACAUUUCCAGUGUCGGGAAGUCUGACGUGCCAGAAGUGAUCGAAAUCCUCCCCGUGCAGGAGGAGAAGAAGAAGGACACAGCGGCGAGCGGAUCGUGGUCGGAGUCCGGCGAGCAGAUCAGUAACGGGAUGGGGCAUGACUCGGUGCUGGCUGCAGGAGAUAGCGAGGGUGGUGCCUCAAAGUUAGUAAACAACAAAACCGACGGCCCGUCCUCACCUCCCGCUAAGGAGAGCACAGAUGUGUCGGCUGGGGUUUUGGCUUGUGCAGAAAGUGAACCGACAAAACUUGCCAAACCGACUCAUCUGUGUCCGGGCAAUGAAAUCACAGCAACCGUCAAGUCGGGGAUGUCCGGUGAUCACACCUUAUCAGAGGGAUUGCCGAGUGGGAGUGACCCCGAUCCCAGCCUCGGUGGAGAGUCCCGAAGCAUAGAUUCACUCGAGUCCUUCUCCAACCUCAACUCCUGCCCCAGCUCCGACCUGAACAGCGAGGGACUGGAGGACAGAGGACUGGCUCUGGCCCUGCAGAACGAGUACGGGCCCGAUGGGACAAAGACUUCGUGCGCUAAAGACCGGGCCGCCGGCCAGUCCAUAUACCACAUUAAGUGGAUCAAGUGGAGGGAGGAGAAUACGCCGAUCAUCACCCAGAACGAGAACGGCCCCUGUCCAUUACUGGCAAUUAUGAAUGUCCUUCUGCUCGCAUGGAAGGUUAAGAUGCCACCCAUGAUGGAAAUUAUAACUGCUGAGCAACUGAUGGAGUAUCUUGGAGACUACAUUCUGGAAACAAAGCCUAAAGAAAUAUCAGAGGCUCAGCGGCUAAACUACGAGCAGAACAUGAGCGAUGCCAUGGCGGUGUUACACAAGCUGCAGACAGGUCUGGAUGUGAACGUGAAGUUCACAGGGGUGCGAGUGUUUGAGUACACCCCAGAAUGCAUUGUGUUUGAUCUGCUGGACAUCCCUCUCUACCAUGGCUGGCUGGUUGACCCCCAGAUGCAUGACAUUGUCAAGGCAGUGGGCAACUGCAGUUACAACCAGCUGGUAGAGAAGAUAAUAUCCUGCAAACAGUCAGACAACAGCGAGCUGGCAGGGGAAGGCAUCGUGGCAGAGCAGUUCCUGAACAGCACAGCCACUCAGCUGACGUACCACGGCCUGUGUGAGCUCACAUCCACCGUACAGGAGGGAGAGCUCUGUGUCUUUUUCAGGAAUAACCACUUCAGCACCAUGAUCAAGUACAAGGGCCAGCUGUACCUCCUGGUUACAGACCAAGGUUUCCUGACAGAGGAGAAGGUCGUCUGGGAAAGUCUGCACAACGUCGACGGAGACGGCAAUUUCUGCGACUCCGAGUUCCGGUUGCGGCCUCCAUCUGAUCCAGAGACUGUGUACCGGGGCCAGCAGGAUCAGAUAGACCAGGACUAUCUGAUGGCGCUGUCACUGCAGCAGGAGCAGCAAAGCCAGGACCUACAGUGGGAGCAACUUCCCGAGGGCAUCAGCGACCUAGAGCUGGCAAAAAAGCUUCAGGAGGAGGAGGACCGACGAGCCUCCCAGUACUACCAGGAGCAAGAGCAGGAGCAGGCGGCAGCGGCGGUGGCUGCUGCUGCAGUACAAGCACAGGGCCAGCAGGAGCCUGCCGAGGGAGACGAGGCGGACAGAGGAGUAGGAGGAGCAGCAGCAGCCGGCGCGGGGACGGCAGCAGCAGCUGGAUCCACACCCAGCCCGGGAAAACAGUCCUCCAGCGGAGAGCGCAAACCCAAGAAAGAAUCGAAGGAUAAAGACAAAUGUGUUAUUUUGUAACAUAUAGCGUGUGUGUGUGUGUGUGUGUGUGUGUGUGCGUGUGUGCGUGUGUGUGUGUGUGUGUGUGUGUGCGCGCAUGUAUGAGUGUUUUGUGCAUUUGCUUAUCUGUGAGAAAGGGGACAGCAUCUGUUUCUCCAUGGACUGGACACACAAUGCGCAGCCCCCACUUGACAGCAAACAAGGGAAGGAGACGUUUGAGGAGAGGCGCGACAAGACUAACGGAGGAUCUGCUGUUCCCAAACCACUGGUGCCUGCUAUCCUCUAUCCUCAGUGGAACCUGGACAUCAGAGGCAGGGACACAACAACGACAACUACCCCGUAUCUUUCAUAGAGUCGGCCAAACUUUGUUACAAGUUGCACAGUGCACUAUAUUUGUGAUGUGGGGUCAAGUUUAUUUGGGGUGGUAUGUUUUAUAGCAAAAGACAUAAUCUGAAGAAAACAAAGCGUCGCCCUCUCACUAUGUUCUUUAAAAAAAAAAAAAAAGAAAUCAUUCAUUUUUCAUUUUUGCAGCUUAUAAGCUUUUUUUCUACGUAUCAAUAUUUACAAAGCGAUAUAGACAGACCCACCUUUUUGGUUUUAGUCGUUUUUUUUUUUUUUUUUAAGUUAGAUGCCAAGAUUCACAUUUUAUUUAUGUUUUUGGGAGAGGUUUUUUUUUUCUGCGUGUGUAAACUGAGAGGGAUUUUCUCAUAAUAUUGCCUGUUGCAAAUCAAUGUAACACUAUUUGUGUCCCCUCCGAAAAACGCUAUGUACCUAAUGGUUAAUUAAUGCCAGAUAGCUGCCAGAUACUGUAGCUACCUAACAUAACUCAUCACAGCUUGUCCUGUUAAGAUUUGCCUUACCAGAGUAUGGCAGUGUUGUAUUCUGCUCUGUUUGAAUGUGAUUGUGUUUGUUUUCAUGUGUAUGGCGUGUACAGUGUACGUGUGCUACAUGGUCUAAUGGCGUGUGGUGUACAUGUUUCAUUUACUGAGGAUCGCUGAUGUAACAAUUUUAAAUUUGGAUAUAGCCAAAACUUUUAUGCUGUAUUAGAUAAGCUACAAAUUUAGACAUUUAAUGUCUUUUAUGUUAUGAUUCAAUUUCACAAAAACUAUGUUUGGGUUUCAGAUUUUAACUGAGGAAUUUCUGUCUGAAUCUGAUUUAGUUUCUACGUGAGACACAACAAGCAUUUGGCAGAUUAGAUUUGUAUUAGAUGGCACCCACUUUAGAGUGUAUGGUAGUUUUGAAAGGUCAUAUUUCAUUCUCGCAGUCUCUUCUGGCAACUUCCUGAAGAGAUGCAGUGUGCGUGCAGUCACUAUCAUGAUCUCCUCUGUUAGGUCGUGGAUGCAGAAGUUACACUGCAGCUUGGUUUUUGAAAAGAAAUGCCAUAGAAUUCAGUCAUUUACAUCUAAAUUAUAAAAGUGAACAUGUGAUAGCUUAUCCACAAAAAAACCUGAAUGCAAACCCCAAAUCCAAACAGGUGUUUUAACUCUUCACAAUGUUUGAAACUUCAUUUGUUUCAUGUUGUAGAAACUGACACCAGCCCUCGAAGGGGAAAUUCAGAUGUGGUCUGUGGAAUUUAAGGCCUGAUAGUGAAAGUUCACAAAUUGAGCUGUACCAGGGGGAGCAUAGGACAUUCAUUCUGAAUACUGCAGUUCUGUGAUGUCACCUUUUAACUUGUGUGCAUUUCGCUGCUGCAUUGAGCGUGCAAACACAUGAUGUACAUAUUUACCUAAUGCAUUCUUAUAAUGGAUUUAGCUAGUGGUUUGUGCCAUUAUUGUACCAUGGGACUGCCUCCUGAGAAACUUUUCUAUCUAUACAUUCCAAUUGGAUGCCUUGACUCAAGUCUUCUGUUACAGACUGAGACAGUUGUCAUAGGAGGUCAUCUGCAGUGCUUGUAAAGUGGUCUCAGUUAUUUUGUUCAGUGAGAACGAAUUAAUUGUCAGGACAGAAUGAUUACAUGGAGGCAGCAGGCUACCUACUUUGUAGGAAGCCUUUCUAAUGGGCUUUAUGUGAUGGCUAGAGUCUGAGCUCCUUGUUUGGUUGGCCCUAACAAGGCUACGUUUUGUAUAUAUAUAUAAAACGCCUUACAACAUUUCAAUAUAAUUUAUAGGACAAAAGGAAAUAGGUGUAAUACCAGAAUGAGACAAUCCAUGCGUUUUUUUCACAUGAACACCAGAAAUACUCUCAGGCCUUUUCUGAAGGGACAUAUCCUUGAGUGUCUUUUAUGUAUCGGCACAGUUCCUCGGCCUGUAGUCACUUUCUCAGUCACAACUUUUAAGUAUCCUUGUAUGUAUACACACCACGACUAUUUUGACACUUUGAAGGACUUAACACUAUAUUAUUUAAGACCCUCGUGUUUGAACUUCACACUAAAAGAAACUGAAUUAAGCUGCUCUUGUGUUAACUUGGACUACCUGAAAAAAAAAAAAACUCCUUGCACAGGGUUAAGGAACAUUGUUAUUAAUUACACUUUUUAUGGAUUUAGCACUUCUUUUUCCAUGCAGUUCAGAAGAAUAACACAUAUAAUCAUAAGUUGAUAGCAAGAAGUCAAGAAGGGGAGGCUUUCUUAUUUUUAUUAUUAUUAUUUCUUGUCUGUCUUUUUGUGAGUUUCACCUCAUUUAUGUCUCGGCCCGUCAAGUGAACAUGCUGAUUAAACAUUCCAGUGGAAGUUUAAAAAAAUGAAACUUCACUUAGGGCAGUCUGUUGAUAUGAAAAAUGUAUGUUGGUCGGUGUAUGUGUGAGUGAAACAUGCCACACAUUUUUAUGUUUAUAUGUUUAUAAUAUUAUUUCAGAUUUACUACUGUGCAUUAGCUUGCUAUCCCUAGUCAUUAUUACCAGAAUUUGAUAUUUUUGUUGUAACGUGUUCGUUUCACCCUAGUUCCUAAGAUGAAUUGAUCAGAAGGAUAUUGUGUGUUCAGUGUCUCAAAGUGGUUUCUUGUAUGCCUUGUAAAAGUGAUGGUGGGGUAAAUGCUGUAAAAUUAGUGUUUUGAAAAGGUGGUCGUUGAACAAAUAGUCGUUGUAAUUGGUUUUGCACUGUUAACAUUGAUAUGCACUAACAGAAGAGAAACAUACCUCAUUUUAUACAGAACAUAAAUUGUGCAAGAGUGCUAUUGUUCUUUGGGUACAUUUAAAAAAAAAACUGAAUGAUGGCCAAAAGAAUUAUCUCAAGGUGGCAGCGGUGGCAGAAGCCAGCUGAAUAACAUAAAUUUGUAAAAGUAUGAAAGGGCUGUUUAAAUGUUCUGGCUCAAAAUGAAGGAGUACAUUUGUUUGAAAAAAAAAAAAAAUAUAUAUAUAUAUAGUACCACGUCAAUAGAACUUUGCUGCAAUUUGAUAUAUUCAGGUUAGUGGUACACCUAUACCAGACAAAAGGCUACCAGUACACAGGCCUGAGUACCAGCACACAGCUCAAGGAUGAUGAGCAAGAUCUGAAUUAGAGCGAUAGAUGGAUGUCCAACUGAGGUGUUUUUUUUCUACAAAGUACAGAAGAAAAUAUGUAGACAACACUGGUACUCAACCUAAUCAGCAAAAACAAAAAUGGUGUAGGUGCACCUCUAAUUCAGGUAGUUGUUUUUCCAGGUCAGAGUCUGUCAUUUAACUACACAACUUUUCAAAUAUGCUCAAACUUUUACAAACAAAACAGGGGAAAGGCUGCUUUAUAAGGCUUGAGUGUUGUCAUCUAUGUAGCAGAGGGAAAUGUUCAUUCUUGUUGUAUGAGACACACAUCCAGACUGCUGAACAAUCUAAAGGGAGACAUUUUCUUUAAUGCAAUAUAAAACUCCCAGAUUUUACUUUGUGGUGCAUGUAUAGUGUGGACUGAAAAGUUAGGCAAAGUAAAAAAUCUUAUCAACUACCCCUAAGAACAUCAUUUCUACGGCCCAUUAUGUUUAUAUUUCACCUAAAAUCAUACAAGCAAAAGGAAGGUGUUUGUGAAUAUGGGAGGUUACUCAUUUGUGUUGAUUUCAAUGUUCAUCUAUUUACAUAAAUGACCAAAUAAUGUAUGUAGCCUUUCACAUUACAGUCACAUAAUGUAUGUGGUGAUAUAUAUAUAUAUAACAAAAUGCCUUAUAGACGAGGGACAUUCAACCUGAUUAGAAGUACCAGGAUAAUAAAAGACUAAGAUGAAUA